GUUCUGUUGAAAACCGAGAUCAGGGGCGAAGCAGAGGGUAGAAACUCACCGGCACCGGGGCCAGCGUCCGCAACAAAGCCUCCCAGAAAAGUGGAUGAGAGGGCCGAUAUCUACGUCCAGCCACUGAGUGAACAGACUCUGCGUUUUUCAGCCAGUGUGUCGCAGACAAGAAGCGCAGAUGGACACCAGAAGCACUGAAGAGAAACCUGUCCAGCGAUCUAAAUCCUUCAGCUUUAAGACUCAAAAGGAAGUCUGCUCAUCAUGUGAGAAGACGGUCUACCCAAUGGAGAGAUUGGUUGCCAACAACCUGGUCUUCCAUUCAGCCUGCUUCUGCUGCAAGCACUGCAACGCCAAACUCAGCCUUGGCACCUUUGCAGCUCUUCAAGGUGAAUUUUACUGCAAACCCCAUUUCCAACAGCUGUUCAAGAGCAAAGGCAACUACGACGAGGGCUUCGGACGCAAACAGCACAAAGAGCUCUGGGCGUCCAAGGAGACAGACAAUAUAACAAAGACGGCAUAAUCAUGUCUCCCUGUGUCCCAUCCCAGCCCUUCCUCUUCCUUUGCCUCCUCCUAACACCUCCAGUACAUCACAAUGAACACAAGCCUCAUAAGCUGGGCCUCUGUUAAGUCACCCACACACUCACUUGCUUUUGAAAUGCCAUCAGAACAGAUACAUGCACAAAACAGCUAGGAAGUGACUGGCCAGUCUUAAUCCAUACCAAUUAAAAAUUAAUUUUAGGGAUAUUGUUUGGGUUUGAUUUUAUUGAUAUCUGUAUUUUCCUAAUUUUAUUUUCCAAUUUCCUAUUUGGAAUUGGUAGUUGAUUGUGACCAAAAACCUUCUCUGGUAUGGGGAGUAUUAUAAUAAUAAUAAUAAUAAUAAUUAGUUAUGUUUUUCUCUUUUAUUCUCUUAAUAAAUUUGCACCCUUUCUUUUUGGAAUAUGUGAACUGUAUGCUCAGGCAAACAUAUCAGAGGGGUUACAGCGCAUCCAUGAUUUGCAGUAGAGCAUACACUCAGGUCAAUUUUCACCCAAGGAUUUUAGCAAGACACAAAUCAAAAUAAUAGUCCUCAGUAUUGUGACUUUGCUGUCAGAGACAAUUUUUUCUGUUGGUCAGGUUUCAUAUAUUUGAGGAACAAACAGGGUACAGAGUACUGUAAAACAACGCGCACAUCAGCAACAGCUCACCUCUCGUGUUUUUUGAUUGCUUUGGUUUUCUCAUCGUUCGCAUCAUCCCACAGUUUGUUCUCAUUUCGACGACCAGUUUGAGUCUUAUCGUUGCAUGUUGGUAUGACUGGGUCUUAACAGCCUUAUCUUAUGACUGUAUCGAUCUUUUGUGUUGUGAAUGGUUUUAUUUCUCAUUGAUGCAUAGUGAAUCACUUUUUAAAGUUUUUUUUAGAAGCGUUUGAGUUUGGAUUUGAUUGAUGUCAUGGCAUAGGUUGAUCCUCUUUGAGCUUUUACGGUCAAAAUUUAAAUGGAAUUCUCAAGUUGUGUUUUGUAUACUAUCUGUACAUAGAGGUAUAGUUUGUGAUUAGUGAACAUUCCCCCUCCUCAUACUGUCUUGCACAUGCGACCACACAUGAUCACCAGACAAGAUGUUGAUAAUCACAGGGAAACUUAGGCCUCGUCCUGUAAACAUCCUUCUCUAAAACAUUUAAGCGGAGCUGUAAACCUGGUUAAAUUGAUUACUUCAGUUAUAGUUCUGUGCCACAAAUGAGGAUGUUGAUGGACAGAGCUUAAGCCUUGCAGGACACCACACAAUUUUGUCCCUUCACUUCACACUUGUCAGUUCUUAGCGUCUUGUGAUGAGUUCCCUCCUGCUGUAUUUGAGUGUGUUCUUAUAACUUGAUAGUUUUUAUGGGGACAUAGACAGAUCCAAUCGAAUCAUAGUGUCUUGAACAUCCAUCAUUAUUCGUUCCCCCCCAAGUCCCACCUAGUAAGCGUGGGCAGAUUUCCUUUUUAAAUAAAUGCCUUCCUAUUCUCAUCUCAUGUCUUAUUUGCUAAAUACAUCUUAGCACCUGGACCUAUUUCUUAUUAUUGAAUUUACCAUAGGUGGCUGAUGGAGGGUUGUCACAAUAUUGGUCCCCUAGUGCUCCUGCAUGUUGCAUGCAAAACCCAGUGCGGAGCACCCCCUGCUGGGGAAAGUGUGACAGUAGUGUCUAGCGUGAAAAGAUGAAAAAAAUAACUUUGCCCAAGAACUUCUCAACAAAGCCUUUAUUUGAAGUUUUUAAAUGCGUUGCCUCAGUCUGCAGUGCAGCUACUGCACUCCAGCCACUUUUGAUGUUAUUUAAUUGCACCACCUAAGAGAAAUGAAUCCAGUUAGGCAAGAUUUCCACAACUGCAUUUCAUUCUAUAUGACGAAUGAGUCUAAAGCCAUUCAAAUAUCUAAUUUUAGGAAAUAUCUGAAUACCACUGAGACUUGACUGACACUUGAAUGACACAAAGUACUUUUUGUGACUGAAGGUUUACUGUGAAUUUAAGCAUGCUGUGCAGAAUAGAAAGCUAAACUUAACAGAUGGAUAUUUGCUACUUUUUUAAAAGAGAAGCCUUAGAAAUAAAUAGCUGAUCGUAUUGCUUUUUCAAACAAGACCUUUUGAGUGCACAGAUCUUUACAAAGAAAUCUCCUCAUCAUUCCUUUUCAAAAACAGACCUGCUUACUCGAAUCCCACUCUUUAACAUAGAAAUACUUCAUUCAACCAGCAGCCAUUUUUCCUAUCUAACCACUUUUUAUCCACAUAUAAUGUACAAUAAUUCAAAUUCUACUGUGCGUGACUGUAAAUUUUAUAUUUUCCUUUUUUUUCAUUUUAAAACGGUCCUCUGGAUUCCUGAGAAUGCUUUAAAAUCAAGAGUAUUGUAUCUAGAAAUGCUGUCUUUGUCAUUCUCCGUUAGCAGUUCGCCAAGGUACAGCUGCAAAAUCUGUGAAUUGCAACUUCUAAGUGUAACAGAGCAGACAAGGUACACUUUACACUGGUGCCAAGAGGCUCAGGUGAAUGAUUGCAGUGUAACGUUUUAAAUGUUAAAUCUGUGAGUCAUUUCAUUUUUGUGCUAAACUUGAUGUGGACUUACUUUUCAAUGCUGUUGUCAUUGAGACAUUUUAAAUGUAUGCAUCGUUGAAAAUGUAUUCUGUAUUGCAGACUUGACGUGUGGAUUGAGGUGGCCUUACAGCAAAAGGACGCUUGGACUGUGUUUGCAGUCUUUCUCCUCCAUUCUCCCUUCUCUCUAUUACUUAGUUGUGGUAUAGAAGAUUUUAAAAUGUAAGCGCCCCCUUUCUGCGCCAAUACACACAAUCAUUUUGUGCAUUUCUUUCAUUUCUUUUUUGUUUUUUACAUGCUUUUGGAGAAAAAAUAAAAUGCUGGUGUUGAUUUAA